AUGAAUCUCCAUCGACCACCGUCUAAUUCCAUGCCAGUUAGUGCCAUAGGGCUGCUAGUAAGCCUGGCUCAAACCUGGGUUCAUCCAUCUCAAUCCGGACUGAAGCGUGUACUCUCUCGUGAGUCUGUCUUGUUCACUGGGGGGUUGGUGGCGGCCCCAGCUAUCGAGCAGCCCGCUGAGCGGGUACCCGUUUCUCCACGGUCCAGUAAGAGCAAGGAGAAACAGCGUGGACAGGCCAGAGAUCCAAAUGCUCCGAGUGUAACGGUUCUUCGACUUCCCUCGAGAAACGCCGAGUUGUGCUGGCUCAAUGCGAAGUGCGCAAUCUUGUCUUUGCUCGCCGGCGUGAGCCUGGCAGCUCAGACGAGACGGUAUAGUUUUACCAUCACGAACAAAUGGGACGUUGGAGAUGGACAUGGCCGACCUGUCUUUGCUAUCAACAAUGAGACACCAGGGCCCCUCAUCGAAGCGGAAGAAGGCGACGAAGUCGAGGUCUUCUUGGACAACCAGCUGGCCUUUGAAACGACCAUGCACUGGCAUGGCAUCUACCAAAUCGACCGACCCAGGAAUGACGGAGUCCUCGGCGUAACACAACACUCCAUUCAACCUCGAGAUACCUACACAUACCGCUUUACACUGAUAUCAUCAUCGCCAGUUGAUAUUGAGGGCAUGAAGCGAGCUGAGAAACAUCCAAAGCAUGUUGUCAUCAGCGAUUGGAAUGCCGAACCCAUGGACAUCUUGCUGAUCAUGUACUGGGAUACUGGCAUUGUUCCGUGGUGUAGUAACUCAAUCGUUCUCAAUGGCAAGGGAAGGACAGUGUGCAAUCCAAGAGAACUGAUUGAUGCGGUGGGAGGUCCAGGAAGAAACUCUCUUGGUUCGCACCAUGAGCUGCAAAUCAGCGUGGACGAGCAUGAGUUCUACGUUAUUGCUGCUGAUAGAGAGUUUGUUCGCCCUCAGAAGGUCCAUGCUGCCAAUUACUUACGUAGCAUUCUUAUACGUCUCGAUCAGAAGCCUGGGGACUACGCCAUCAGAUUGACAUCGCUCCGUCCAGAGCAAGUCAUUCAGGGCUUCGAAAUCCUUCGUUAUCCUGACCAAGGCAGCGAAGUGAAGCAGGAGGUCCCCAACACAAAGUCUUGGGUUCAUCUCAACGGAACUCUUAUCUCGUCAUCAUCCGUAGCCAUGGGUGAGACCAAGCUUGCACCCUAUCCUGCACGACCUCCUCCACCAAAGGCAGACAACACCGUGAGAUUCUUCGUCAACAUGACGGGCCCUAGCAGCUGGGCAUUGAACAUCGGUCCUCACCAGGCUUUCCGUCAGCAGCUUCCACCCUUGCUAUGGGAUGAGGAAUCACGUGGCGAGACAACCUACGGAGACAACACCCAAGGUGGUGCGCUCCAGAACGGCACCGUCGUGGACGUCAUCUUCGAGAACGGUGCCAACGUCACAUCUCAACAUCCAUUCCACAAGCACAACAACAAAGCUUUCGUCAUCGGCACUGGUACUGGUGGGUUCCCGUGGCCAACAGUCGAGGAUGCAAUUCGCGAGGGUGGCAUGGCGAAGCACUUCAACCUUGUCAAUCCACCCAAUCGAGACGGUUGCAGGCUCGGAAAUAGAACCGGAGACUGGUCAGUAAUUCGAUACGAGAUUGCUUUCCCUGCCGCCAGCAUGCUUCAUUGCCAUAUGAUUCAUCAUUUUGCAGCUGGGCAGCAGGUUAUGCUACUUGAGGGGGUCGAAUCCAUGGCCCAAAUCCCCGCAGAAAUGAAAGACAGAGUACAUUCAGACUUCCCACCACCACUUCUGUACGGCCCAUUGGACUGA